AAAAUAUAGUCUAUUUCCAUCUUCCCUAACCUAAUAUUUUCUCUAACAAAAAAAAUGAAUCUGGUUGUUUCCAUGGCAAUUCUUAUGAUGGGGACUUGUGGCCAACUUGAUUUUGUUGCAUCUAUGGAUUUUGAUCUGAUUUCAAUGGCUUGCCUGGAGAAAUGGAGUUGUUGUUACCACCUUCGUCUUACAGAUCUACCAGAAUGGAGGAGGGUAAGAUCAACGAUCAAAAAAAGAACGAUCCAAAAGAAGAGAGCAUUGAGGUUCCAGAAAUUGCUGAUGAGCAGCAUCCUUUACCAGAAAUUGCAGAUGAGCAGCAUGCUAUACCGUCACCCCAACGCAUAUGGCCACCCCAACUGACUUUGGAGGAUGCAGAAAAGAGACUGAAAAGGCAGUCAAAAGCCGUUAGUUCAACAGUGCAAAAGAUGAUUAAGAGAGCCAAACGAGGCGUUGAUUCUUUUAGUAAGAACAUAAUAGAGAAAAAGGCAGGGAAGAAUAAGAAGAAAGAGGAUGAGGAUGAGGAUGAGGAUGAUGAUGAUGAAGACGGUGAUCAAUGGGAAUAUGAGUAUAAAUGCACAGACGAUGACCUCGAUGACAACAACAGUCCAGGCAACAACAACAGUCCCCCGGUCAGUGGUGACACAGGCGAAGCUGUAAUUGCCGUUUAGACUUUGAAGUUAUUGAAAAUUUUCUUUUAAUGUUUGAUUUUUAGACUAUAUGGGAUAUGGGAAGACAUGUAGAAGUUUAGCUGGAUAGCUGUUGGAGAGGGAUUCAAGGUGGCUGGCUUAGAAACACUCUAAUAUGGGAAAGAGAAGACACAUUCUCUGAAUAACUAAAUGUCCCGCAACUUUCUCAAUAUCAUCUCUGUAUGUUCACUGCAUUGUAAGAGAGGCAUGGAGUG